CAUCUUCCACCAUGGUCUUCAUCGUCUGUUUAGCGGCUCUCCUGGUUGUGGCGAAAGCCAAUAAUUUUGGAUACAACAUCGCCCUGAAUCGCCCCACCGGCUCCAGCAGUGUCUUCGUCAACGGUGUGCCCCCUAUCACCGCCAACUCAAACCUCGCCGUCGACGGCAACUUCAACUCCGACUUCUUUGGCGGCUCAUGUUUCUCUAGCGCUGAUGUGGCGACAGAUCCCAACCCCUUCUGGUUCGUGGAUCUGGGUGCCCGCCGCUACGUGUCCGGCCUCACCCUCACCAACAGGGGCGACUGUUGUGCUGAUCGUCUGAGUGGUCUGAUGAUCGAAGUCUUUGAGUUCAAUCCCACAACCAGUACCGAGACUCCCGAGUUCUGCUCCAUGGUCAUUGGUGGAGUGGCCCUUGGUCAGACUGUUUCACUCUCCUGCUCUCCGAUGGUGACUGGACGCUACGUCCGUAUCAGGAAACCCUCCGCCACCGCCCCUCUCACCAUCUGCGAAGUCGUUGUUUCCGGGGGCAACUUCAAUAAUAAAUUUAAUAAAUUUCCCUCCACCAACGUCGCCCUGAAUCGCCCAGCGCGUGCUACCUCUCAGUUUACUUUUGAUGCCGCCAACCUGGUUGCCUCCCCUGGCCUGGCUGUGGACGGCAACUUUGACAGCCAGUUCGUCACCGGAAGAAGCUGUUACUCCAGCGCCAUUGGCGACACAAACCCAACCUUAUACAUCGACCUCGGCGCCUACUAUUACAUCAGCUCCGUCACCGUCACCAACAGAGGCGACUGUUGUGCUGAACGCCUGCGCAACAUCAACAUCGAAACUCUUCUGAAAGACCCCUACAGGUACCUGGAGUUCCCUAAACUUUGCGGCACCAUCACUGGCAACGUCGCUGCAGGAGCUAACUUCACCGUCAACUGCUUUGCGCCCACUGCAGCCCGCUACAUCAAGAUCCAGAAGACCAGUAUGGUUGACAGCAAUGAUCUCUUGACCCUCUGUGAAGUUCAAGUAACCGGAAGGUUCGCAUCCCACAGCGAGGUCACCAACAAAUCUGUUGACAACGACGUUUCUCAGGCUCUGGCUGCCAACGGAAUUAUUUCCAGUGUUGAAACCAAUGAUAACUUGAGUGGCGGGAAUCGGGCUGUUAAUUAAUCUCAAGUUAACGGUGAAAGUCAGUUGUAAUGUUUAGUUUCUGAAACCAACUCAGCGAAAGCAUCAUGCCCUACCCAUUAAAUAAUACUAGGAAGACUCAAAAACUAAGACUCAGUCAAAAUCUUCACCGUAUGUUACCCUCUCCGUUCUGUGUAAAAGUGUAAUCACAACAUGGCUGAAAUAUUGCCGGAGAAAAUCACUCACUCACUCACUUUGUACAAUCUAUAUUUGUUAAUUAUUGUUUUGUUAUGACAAAGGUAAAGUCUGAAUUAAUCUGAUAAAACACAAGGGACACUAAGGAAGCAAGUCAGAUAUGCUACUUAGGUAUAAUCGCCGAAUUGAGAAAUUUGAUAAAAGAACUGUCCAUUAAAAUGACCAUUAUUUAUUGUUGUUGCAGCCAUGUGCAUAAAUAUAUGUGAAGGUUUGUUUGUUCUCCUAUACAAAAUUAUUAAAGAACCCCGAUA